GGCGGCCGCGUGAUGGCGGCGGAGGCCUGCGGCCGCCACGCUGCGGGAUGGGCGCUGCCCCUCCGCCCGCCGCUCUGCCUCGCCUGCGCCGUGGGCACCCUGGGCGAUGGUGGUGCCUCGCUGGUGCGGAAGAAGCACGCGCUGUCCCGGCUGCGCGAUGCCCUGGCCUGGCAGACGCUGCCCGUCAUCCGGCUGUUGGCACUGGACGAGAGGGUCUGCGCCUCUUUGGUAGGAGCCCUCUUUGGGAUGUGCCAUACUGUGGAAGACAGUGAUGCCCAGGACCAAUUCAUAGAAGUUCUGGUGCAUCUGGUAGUGGAGCUGAAGUCCGAGCAGUAUUUGCGCUGCAUUUUGGAUGAAAGCCAAAAAGAGCUGAGCAAAGCAACUACCAUGAGAGGCAGCCUGCCCAUAUUCACUCUCCUGGGCAAGCUGGCAGAUGCCAUCCCAGUCUUUGCUGAUAUACUGGUGGUAAAGCACAGUAAUUUAGUGGAUCAUCUGCCGCUGGGCUUGAUGUACCCAAACGAAGGUGUAAAGGCUGCUGUCUGCUACUUGUAUGGCAAGCUGUACUCCUCUCCUGUUGGCACAGAAAGGCUCUCAGCACACUUCGAAGAAAAGCUGUGUGGUCUCUUCUUGAAUACUUUGGGCCAUGCUCAGACAAAGGAGCUUCAGGUUAAUUGUUUGGGUUUGCUAAAGGAGCUGCUGAAGUCUGACCAUUUUGUAUCCAUUCUUAUGAAUAAUUCAAGGACAGAGGAGGAAUCUGAAAACUCUGACUUCUUAGAAGGGGAAAAUCCACUUCCACUUGUUCUCAAAAAGUUUUUGUUGACCAGAGAUGAGAUGUUACAGGCAGCGAGUUCUCACUGUGUGGCUGCAGUGCUGGUUCACUCUCCCAGCAGAUAUGCUCCUGCCUUUAUUCAUGCAGAUGUCCCAGAAUUCCUGUUCGAGUGUCUCUUGUGCAACAGUGAGAUUCUCAUCUGGUCAGUGUAUUGCUGUCUGCUUCUGCUAACUGAAGAGCGCCUUUUCUUUUCCAAGUGUCACACGGUCUAUGGCAUUGAAUCUCUGGUGAGGAGUCUCCAAGAUGUCCUGCAGCUGAACAAUGUGGAGUUACACAAGCAAGGGCUCCUGCUCUUCACUGAAAUACUGAAACGGCAACCAGUGGAAAUCACAUUAUUCACAAACCGAGGUGUAUGUCUAGAUGCCAUUGAUGUUCUGAUGAAGACAAUGGACUGCCCAGUGCUGGAGGUGGUAGUGGGGGCUGUGAAAGCUGUGGCAGCUUUUCUGAGGAAGGACCAUCUGAGCUCUCCUCCAGUCCCGUAUGAAAAGCUGCAGAAACUGCUGGAGGCAGUGCUGAAGAGAUGUGCUGACCUUUCCCCACCACAGAGUAGCAAGAAGCAUGCAGGCGAUCUCCUGUUCCCAGUGUCUCAGAGUCUUAGCAGAGUUUCUCAGAGACAGGGCCAGCUCUUGCUCAACACCCUGGAAAGUUUCAGAAGUGCCUGCAGGUUAGCAGUGGAAUACCAGAGUGACCCCAUGGCCCAGGAGAACGCUUUCACUGCCCCUGGCUCGGAGAGCAAGGAGACGCUGAGCAACUUCUCUGAGUUCCUGCUGAGGAUCUGUGACAAUCUCUGCAUCCCCAUGGUCAUGAACUACCUGGAAAGGGCUGUCAGCUCGGCAGUGAUGGAGGUUUUCAUCUCAGCACUAAAUACCCUCUUUAUGGUGGUGCCAAACAUGCGGAUUAAGUUCUCCAAAAAGCUGGCAUCCUCCUCCUUCAUCCGACUGACGCUGGAGCUGAAGGCCAGAUUUUGCUCUGUACAAAGUAAUCCUGCCUUGAAUCAGGCCUGUUCCAGAUUCCUCUGCAACUUGUGCCUGAGCCUUUACUCUGCCACAGAGAAGGAGAGAAUUUCUGCUCAGGAAGAGCAAGAGAUGUCUGAGCUCCUGCAGAAGGGUUUGCCUCAAUUAAACUACACAGUUGCUGAAAGCCUUCUCCUGCUGGCUGAAAACCCCGAGGCUUUCUCCUUGGAUCAGUCCCUUUGCAGCCACCAACACUGCUUCAUACUCCUCUCAUACUUUGCCUACACCCUUGGGGACAGGUUUGUCCCAGAAGCAGAACUGUUUUUAGCCAUAAGAAAUUUCCUCCUAUCAGCACAGGACCGUGGAAACUGUCCCCCUCCAUACAUACUCAGAGCUGUGCUUUACCUCCUUGCUGUUUGUCAGGACAAAGGCAAAGGCCUGGACUCGAGGUCCUUGUGUACCAUAAGGAGGAUCCUGGAUAAUCUCCCAGAUCUGGGCUUGGUCUACGUUCACUGUCCUCUCCUGCUUGAAUUCUUCCUGCGCUACCCUGAACUUAUGGGGAGAUUUGGACACCAGGUUCUACAGCUCUGGUUUUCCUGGGAAGACUGCAGUCAGACUGAGACUGAAGAGGAUGGUUUUGGCCUGCCUGAUCAGCUGAGCAGUGCUAACCCUUUACUUCCCAUUCUGAAGAGCAAUUCCAGCAUUUUGCUUAUUUUACUGGACCUGGUCUGCUCAAGCUCCGUGGAGGUAGCUCAGAAGGUGUUGGUGACUCUGAGGACCUUCCUGGAAAGAAGUGAGGAUGUCCUUGUCUGUGACCUCCUCCGGAGCCGGUUCCUGCAGAUUCUGCAGCAGCUAUUGGUAGAGAGUAGCUCAGCUUCCUUACAAGCUAACAGGAACCUGCCCAUUUUGCUGAGCCUGCUAUUCCUGGUGCAGCUGCGGAGCAAGGGCAUGAGGGAGCUGGACAGCACAGACUUCAAGCUGCUUCACCAAGUCAGUAACCUCUGCGGGAAAUGCAGGCCCAGAGACACUGACCUUCUGCAGCCAUCCCUGAAUUUUCUGUACUGGAGCCUUCAUCAGACAACACCUUGUAGUCAACAGAGAGCAGUGGCUGUGCUGCUCUCCAACGUGUCCUUGCUAGAGCUCCUCCAGAAGGUGAUGGAGUGCACCUGGACGAGGUCCUUUCCCUCUGAACCUGCCUACCUGUUGCCUGAGGAUGCCUUGCUGUGUUCCGGAUGGCUCUUGGCUGCUUCCCUCUUAAUUUAUCAGCAUCGUUACAACGCUGAGGUUCACCAGACACUCACUCUAGACCUAACAGAAGUCCUGAAUGCAAUCAUCUUCAGGAAGAAGAAGCCAAUCCUGCUGUUAGUGAGCAUCAUGCAGUUCCUGAGAGCUGUCCUGCGACAGAACUUCUCCUCCUCCCUGCUGGUGAUUGUCAUCCAGAACACAGCCCAUGGCGCUACACAACCACAGCCAUCAUCGCUGGAGGAUGCUGCCUUGCACCCCUUUGCCAUGCAGCAGGUCUUCUCACUUCUCGUCAGCCUGCAGAACCUUUUGGUGCAUGUCUACUUGCAGAAAGACUUGCUGCUUUCUCAAGCUGUGGUUGCCUGCCUGGAAACCUUACUGGAAUACCUGUGUGUGAAGAACCAGGAUGUUGCACUACACGUUGCUUCACAGCCCUGGCACCGAUUCCUGCUCUUGACACUGCUCAGUGGGGGCCAGAAAUCCGUUCUGCAGCCAGAAAUUCUCAGACUCGUGACUUUGUUUGUGAGGUACCAGAGCAGCAAUGUUAUUUCUCAAAAAGAAAUUAGCCUGAUUCUUCGGGAGGCAGCAAAAGCCAACUUACCAGAGCUGCCGGAGGCCACGUCUCGGGCACUUCACCUCUUCCUUCGUCAGAUUCAGAGCAGUCAUUGUCAGAUGGAGGCGGUGGAGGCAGGGACCAUUCAGACCUUGCUGGAGCACCUUUCGGGACAGAGGAGCACCUGUGCAAAACAUCAGGACAUCGUGUAUCCUUUUGCUGGGCAGAAGCCUUUGAUAGGAGAUAUGAGGGUGGUAGAUGUAAUAGGGGUAGAAAGGGCACUUUGCUGUUCCUGACCAUUUUUCAGCCAAAGGCAAACAAGAGUGCAAAAACUGGUGGUGGCUGCUACAGUUGGCUAAUUUGGGGAUGAAAUACCUCAUCAUCCUCAAAAUUGAGAAGGCAUUUGGGAAACAAGGAGUCAUUUGGGAUGAAAGACAGGUCUCUGUACAGGGAUUGCGUUCAUCUGUAAGGUAGAGAUGAUACAAUGAAAGGGGAGCAGGCUGGGGCAACCGUGACUUCAAAGCAGCAGCAAUUCCUGUGUUGAUUUCCCUAGAGGACGAGCAGCCAUUUAACCUCCGUGUGCAAACUAGCACCAAUUUGCCUGUAGAGUCAUGGCAACCCAGAGAUAACUCGUGCACUUUCAAAGUACAGCAAGUGUUCAGAAGCUGCCCAGUGGAGUUACCCCGUUGCUUUCUGCUUGGCCGUAGCAGCAGAGUCCCCUGCUGAGAACUGACUCCUCCUUUUCUCCGUGGACAGGAGGGAGGGGUCACUCGCAGGUUACUUUUGGACAAAGAGGGAGCCUGAUGUACGUGUCAAAUUCAGUAUUUGUUUAUUUCUGAAAAUGUCCGCUUUUGCCUUCAUGUUUUCAUCACGCUGCAUUGCCUCAGACAGGUAAUAGAUAUGGAGCUGGCCCCAGCAAUGGUUUCCUACAGGGUGGGGGACUUCCUCCAUCGUAUCGGUGGGAUGACACUGUCAUCAGCCAUGGGCAGGGCGUAUGGAGGGUGAGGUGACUGUUACUGCUGAGAAACGGCUUGUCUUCAUGCUUAACCCCCACGUCACGCCACUGCUCUGUGGUGGGAAGCACAGGGUUGUCCUGGAGCUCAGGUUCUCCUGGUGAAGACUGCACCAGCCCUGUCAAGUUCCUCUCUGCUGUCUUGCUGGUCUGUAUGGCAGUGAGGGAAGGUGGAUGUUGUUACAUUGCCCAAGUCGUCUGGUUAUGCUCGUAGUGCUGCAGUGGUGGCUACCUGAAUGGGAUGGUCGUGAACACGGAAAAGAAAAUCCUUUGGUCAACAGCAAGCUUUGAUGUCAGUUUUAUCAGGAAAGAACUUUCUUUGGGCUCACCCACACGAAUGUUUCUCAUGUGUCGGUGGGAUUUCCGUGGUUUGGGAGGGGGGUGGUUGAGUAAUGAAUACUCCCGUCAGCAGUGUGUCAAAUGUGGGAACUGCGGUGUCGUGCUGGAGUUUCAGCCGGGCUUUCCCUUUGGUUUCCACUCAUGCCGUCAACGACAGAUGUCUGGGAGGUGUGGCAGUGUCCCUCGCACACAUUGGAGACUGAAACGAGAAGAGUGCGUGCAAUGGGGCGACGGGGAAAGAAUGGAACAGGAGACCACACGUAUUUCCAGCGGGUUGUAGAGAAGAAGAUGGACGAAGGAAGUCAUUUCCAGCUCACUUAGAAAAAAAAAAAAAAAGUUGAAAAUUGUUCAUAAAGCCCGGUUUC